GAUGAGAAGAAGAAGGUUAAGAAGAAGAAGACCAAGGAAGAGGGAGGUACUUCUGAAACCGCUUCUGAAGCCGCAUCUGAGGCUGCAACCCCAGCACCAGCUGCAACUCCAGCUCCAGCCUCAACAACUGGAUCGAAGAGAGCGUCAGGUGGUUCCCGUGGCUCAAAGAAAUCGAAGCGCGCUGGUUCCAGUGUGUUCUCUGUCUUCUCGCAGAAACAGAUUGCCGAAUUCAAGGAAGCUUUCCAACUAAUGGAUGCCGACAAGGAUGGCAUCAUUGGCAAGAACGAUCUGCGCGCCGCCUUCGAUUCCGUAGGCAAAAUUGCCGCCGACAAGGAAUUGGAUCAGAUGUUGGGUGAGGCCUCUGGCCCCAUCAACUUCACCCAAUUGCUGACGCUGUUCGCCAACCGUAUGGCGUCCGCAGGCGCCAACGAUGAAGACGAUGUAGUCAUUGCUGCCUUCAAAUCAUUCGACGUUGACGGCCUCAUCGAUGGCGACAAAUUCCGCGAAACACUAAUGAACUUCGGUGACAAAUUCACCGCCAAGGAGUGCGACGAUGCCUGGGAUCAGAUGAUCAUCGACGACAAGAACCAAAUCGAUACCGCCGCCCUUAUUGAGAUGCUCACCGGCAAGGGUGAGGAAGAGGAGGAGGAAGCCGCCGCAUAAACACCAGCGCUGGCACUACAUUCUUGCAAAAACACCUGCAAAAAUAAGUAAACAAAAACAUUGUAUCAAAAUUACCGUAAGACAAAACACCAAGAUCCUGUUUUGAAAAAUGUACCAAUACUUUUUUAAAAAAAAUAAUUAACAACAUACUUUGUGUGUAAUUUUACGCAUUCA